AUGAUGCCAAGUCAGCUCCAACUCGACGUCUCAUAUAUGUUCGGCAUCCGAAAUUUUACGUACCUGACUAUGAUUCUUGGCUGUCAGGAUGUAUCUUGGAACUACGACGUCUCGGUGGACUUUGGAGUAAGCGUCGUCUGUGACAUCAACGAGGGUUCCAGCGUGCGACGCCCUGUUCGACCUUCGACAAGCGUGUGA